AUGCAGUCCUUGCUUGGUAGCCGCCCUACAUGGGUCAAGCUCGCCUUGGCGCUCCCUGUCGCACUUCCAACCAUCUACUUGGCGUACUUCUCGUGGCAAGUCUCGCGCCAUACCUCAUCGACAAAAGGCCGUCGCCCCGCCUCACGCACGCGUGACGCGCCAGCAAACGCCCUGCCCUGGACGCCGGCCAGCCUACCUGAACAAGUGCGCGCGGACGACGCGGGCUGGGUGCUGACAUAUGAGCGCGUCGUGUCCCUUCCUGUGCCUGUCUCUAGCCUGGCCAUCCCGGCCACGAUCGUUGCGGAUGAGGGAGAGACGCCCUCGCUGCUCAUGAGGGCGUACGCCGUGGGUGCUCAAGUCGCAUUCAGCUCGACGCCGCAGGCGUACUUGAUGCGCAACGCCAUAGGCGAACCCCGCCUCCGACGCACUUUUGAUAAAGAUUGGAUACGGGCUCUUGCUUUCCACAAUGGUGAUAUCGUCAACGGUGUCUACCGAGUGGCGUAUCACGGCAAGGGAAGCACCUCACGGUCCGAGCGAGUCGAGCUAGUCAUCGAGGCCCCUCUGUCGUUCAAAGGAUCUGCGCCUCACGGUUUGAUCCUCGCCGAGGUGCAACUUGAUGACGAUGGUGAUCAUGUGUUGUUUGUGAACGAGACGUGGAUGUGGAGGCGGGAUGACGAGAAACCAACACUCAUUGAGGGUUCAGUUGGUGGGUGGUUUCAUUCACUCCUCGCUGGCUGGCUUGUCAUGAAAGGUAUUCGGAAUGUCACGGGUUGA